CCGAGGGGGAGCGGCGGCAGCGCGGGCACCUGCGGGUGGAGGCCUCGGACGCGGGGAGGACGGGCCCACGGCCGGGCAGACUCAUGUUUGACUGUUGGAGUUUCAUCCUGUGCAAGGAGACUGGAGGUGACGAUGGUCCUCCCGCGCGAGGGCCCAGUGAGGCCAACGAGGAAGAAGGUGACCCUCGGGUCGAUGUGUCUGACGUCAUCAGGCUCGUUCGAGACCAGCCGGGGGGGACGCCCACGCCCGCAGAUGAAAUCAUGCACCACGACAUCAGCCCGCUCUGUGCUGCCGACAUCCAGGACCAACUGCAGAAGCGCUUUGCUUACCUGUCUGGUGGGCGGGGGCAGGACGGCAGCCCCGUCAUCACCUUCCCCGACUACCCGGCCUUCGGCGACGUCCCCGACAAGGACUUCCAGAAUGUCAUGACCUAUCUCACCAGCAUCCCCAGCCUGCAGGAUGCUGGCGUCGGGUUCAUCCUGGUCAUAGACCGCAGGCAGGACAGAUGGACCUCGGUCAAGGCGUCCAUCCUGAGAAUAGCGGCGUCCUUCCCAGCAAACCUCCAGCUCGUCCUUGUCCUGCGCCCAACGGGAUUUUUCCAAAGGACGCUCUCUGACCUCGCCUUCAGGUUCAACAGAGAUGACUUUAAGAUGAAGGUACCGGUCAUAAUGCUGAGCUCCGUCCCGGAAUUACACAGUUACAUUGACAAGUCCCAGCUGACCGAGGACCUGGGCGGGACACUGGAUUACUGCCACUCCAGGUGGCUCUGCCACCGCACGGCGAUAGAGAGCUUCGCCCUCCGGGUUAAGCAGACAGCGCAGAUGCUGCAGGCCUUCGGGACCGAGCUUGCCGAGACGGAGCUGCCCAACGACGUCCAGUCCACGAGCUCCGUGCUCCGUGCCCACACGGAGAAGAAGGACAGGGCCAAGGAGGACAUGAGGCUGGCGCUGGACGAGGGGCGGAGCGUCCUGGAGAGCAUCCGGGAGCCGCUGGCCCGGGGCCCGGAGCAGAGCCCGAACCAGGACCAGCUGGACAGUCAGAGCACCGUGCAGAGGCUCCUGGCCCAGCUGAAUGAAACCGAGGCCGCCUUUGAUGAGUUCUGGGCAAAACAUCAGCAAAAACUGGAGCAGUGCCUGCAGCUCCGGCAUUUCGAGCAGGACUUCCGAGAGGUCAAAGCCGCCUUGGACGUGUUGGCCCAGAAGAUCACGACCUUCACCGAUGUGGGGAACAGCCUAGCACAUGUGGAGCACCUCCUGAAGGACCUGGCCAGCUUUGAGGAGAAGUCCAGUGCGGUCGUGCAGCGGGCCCGCGCCCUGUCCCUGGAGGGUGAGCGGCUCAUUGGGCUGAAGCAUUACGCCGUGGACUCCAUCCGCCCCAAGUGCCACGAGCUCCGCCAGCUGUGCGACCAGCUUGCAGCUGACGUCGGGCGGAGGAGAGGGCUGGCUGGGCAGGUCGCUGGAUCUGCACGGCCCUCCUCGAGGCGUGUGGAUGCGUCCCGUCCUGUGGCGAUUCCACUUGGUGUUCAGUCCAUGAAGUGGUGCGACGAGGGCAUCUACCUGCUGGCCUCGCAGCCCGUGGACAAGUGCCAGUCCCAGGACGGCGCCGAGAGCGCCCUGCAGGAAAUCGAGAAGUUUCUGGAGACGGGUGCGGAAAAUAAGAUCCAGGAGCUCAGUAGAAUCUACCAGGACUACGAGCCCAUCCUCACCCGAGACCUGCUGGAGCACGUGCAGAAGGUCUUCCGGAAGCAGGAGAGCGUGGAGGAGAUGUUUCACCGGAGACAGGCGAGCCUCAAGAAGCUGGCAGCCAAGCAGACGCGGCCCGUGCAGCCGGUGGCCCCCCGGCCAGAGGCGCCCACGAAAUCGCCCUGCCCCUCCCCGGGCAUCCGCAGAGGUUCCGAGAACCACAGUUCUGAGGGCAGCGUGCUCCGGAGGGGGCCCUACAGGAGGGCCAAGAGUGAAGUGAGUGAGGGCCGGCAGGGCCGCGGCCGCUCCACUGGGGACGAGGAGAGCCUGGCCGUCCUGCGGAGGCACGUGAUGAACGAGCUUCUGGACACCGAGCGGGUCUACGUGGAGGAACUGCUGUGCAUUCUGGAGGGCUACGCUGCUGAGAUGGACAACCCUUUAAUGACACAUCUCAUCUCGACGGGACUUCAAAACAAGAAGGAUGUUCUGUUUGGAAACAUGGAAGAAAUUUACCACUUUCAUAACAGAAUAUUCCUGAGGGAGCUAGAGAACUACAUAGACUGCCCAGAGCUGGUUGGAAGGUGCUUUCUGGAAAGGGUGGAGGAGCUCCAGAUCUACGAGAAGUACUGCCAGAACAAGCCGCGCUCCGAAAGCCUCUGGAGACAGUGCUCCGACUGCCCGUUUUUCCAGGAAUGCCAGAAGAAGCUGGACCACAAGCUGAGCCUCGACUCCUACCUGCUGAAGCCGGUCCAGAGGAUCACCAAGUACCAGCUGCUGCUCAAGGUGAGAGGCCGGGUGAGAUGCUUGAAAUACAGCAAGAGCUGCGAGGGCGCAGAGGACCUGCAGGAGGCCCUGAGCUCCAUCCUGGGCAUCCUCAAGGCCGUGAACGACUCCAUGCACCUGAUCGCCAUCACGGGCUAUGAGGGGAAACCUGAGCGACUUGGGAAGCUGCUGAUGCAGGGCUCCUUCAGCGUCUGGACGGACCACAAGAAGGGCCACGCCAAGGUGAAGGACCCUGGCCAGGUUCAAGCCAUGCAGCGCCACCUGUUCCUGCACGAGAAGGCCGUUGCCUCUUUCUGUAAGAAGCGGGAGAAGGAGAACGGCGAGGGCUACGAGAAGGCCCCCUCCUACAGCUUCAAGCAGUCCCUGAACAUGACGGCCGUCGGCAUAACGAGAACGGUGAAAGGGGACACGAAGAAAUUCGAGAUCUGGUACAACGCCAGAGAGGAGGUUUACAUCGUACAGGCACCAACUCCUGAAGUCAAGGCCGCCUGGGUGAGCGAGAUCCGGAAGGUGCUGACGAGCCAGCUGCAGGCGUGCAGAGAGGCCAGCCAGCACCGAGCCCUGGAGCAGUCCCACAGCCUGCCCCUGCCCGCGCCCGCCGGCGCCAGUCCCUCUAAAGGGAACACAAAAAACGUCAGAAAGUUGGAAGAAAGAAAAACGGACCCGCUGAACCUGGAGGGAUACGUGGGCCCCGCGCUACUGCCGAGGCCCCCCGAGAAGGGCAGAGAUGACGCGGUCACUAGCUCUACCUCAGAAAGCUCUGCGCUUUCCAAAAAGCGCUUCACCCUGCAGAGCUUUGCUGCCCUCAAAGGUCAGAAAGCCUCUCCUACCAGUCCCGACAAAAAAGCUAAGCGACACCAAGUAAAGAGCGACCCAACGCCUUUUGGUUUACGAGGUUGGAGCAAAACGUCUCACCCGUCAGAGGCUCCUGAGGACAACGACGGCUGGUCCAGCGCCGAGGAGCCCAUCAACUCCUCGGACGCAGAGGAGGAAGGCAGAGUGGGCCUCAGGAAGCUGGUCCCCGGGAAGUACACCGUCACGGGGCUGGACGAGAAGGGGGGCCCCGACGCGCUGGUCCUGAGGAGCGGGGACGAGGUGGAGCUGGUGCAGGAGGGCGACGAGGGCCUCUGGUUCGUGCGGAACCUGAGCUCCGGCGGCGAGGGCUGGCUGCCAGCCCGCAAGCUGUCCCCGCUCCUCGGCCAGCGCGGCGCCCCCGGGUGCCUGAGCAGCCCAGAGUCCAGCGCGGGGUCCGCCCUGCUGAGCGCGUCGUCCAGCUGCAGCGAGAGCUGCGCGGCCGCCCUCGCGGACCUGCAGGGGUAGCGCCGCGGCCACCCCGCCUGCGGCCCUGGGAGCUGGCCUCUGCUCGGGCCGGCGCGGCGUGGGGAGGGGCCGGCGCCCGCGGAACGCCGGCGCCGCCGCGGCCCCAGACGAAGGUUCGGGAAGAGUCCGCCUUGCGGCCUCGGCGCCAGGACCGCGCCCCACGGCGCAGGAAGAGCGCGGCACCGCGGCUUCCUCGGGGAGUCGGACGGACGGGGCUGCAGACGACAGACCUCCGGUGCAGAAGGGCUCCCGGACUCCCCUUCGGCCUCGGCCGCAGCCGCUCCCCUUUGGUUUCCGACGUCUCUGGUCCGGUGCUUUCUGCAGGAACACGCGUUCUGUGGCGCUGCUUCCAAAAGAAGUGACCGAUUCACUGACCCAGCGGCUUGGGGCGGGGGCAGGAGGCUAGUUUGUCUUCUACACAUUUUUUUUUUUAAAGCAAGGAUUAAUUCUACGGCCAUCUUUUUGGUGAUAACUUUGGCCUCUGAUCUUCGCCAAGAAUCACUGUGUUUACGUGAAAUGACAAUUUGAUACUGUAUUUGAUAUAAAACUUUUUUGUUAUUGGGGUUUACAUGGCGCUGAAUGAUUUGGGGGACCCGCUCUCGUGGAAACUGGUGGCCCACCUGGUCACAGGUGAGUGGAAGGACGUCCCUCGGUAGAAUCAGGCAGCGUUUCUACAAACACAGGCAGUUAGAAACCAAGGAAAUUCCUUCGCCUGUGUAGGUUAAUUUUCAAAGGAAAAUGUAAACUAUAAAAUAUUAACCUUCUUUUCUACAGAAAAACAAAUGGGGGACUCUUGAUUUUUUAACACACUUCAGUGAAUUAGGAUAUUUUUAUUGUUUUUAAAGACUAUGUAAAGAUGCAGUUUUUGCAGGUGUCAUCUGAACCGAUGUUGUCACAGGAGCCCAGGGAAAACUUGAGCUCCUGGCCCCCCGCCUCCCCCGCCUUGCAUGUCCUGUGUGGAACUGUCCUGAGCACAGGAGCAGAGUUUAAUCUGAUUCAAAUCAAGGCAGAACUGGAAAGAAAACUCUUCUGUUUUACUGUUGUGUUUCAGAAACAAAUUCUGUUCCUUGGAAACGCUUCUUUCUCUGUCUGAUUGGGGCAGAUAUUUUUAUAUGUGUGUAUAUAUGUCGAUGUGUGUACAUACGUCCCCACUGUGAGGGGUGUAUUUAUAGCCUCCAAGCUGCUGGCGAUGUGUCACUUUACAGCCCCCCCUGAGCCCCAGGCCCCUGCAGCCCAACCCACGGGCUCCCCAUCCUUGUGCAGGGCCAGACCUCUCUGGAGUGUAUAGUAUACGGCGUACAAGCCCGGCAGCUUUUCUCCUGGUGUAUAAGUUAUUUGGAAAAUGAUGCUUCACAUAAUUUACUGAAUAUAUUGAUUGUUCAGGCACCAUUCCUGCCAUCCCAGCCUGGGAUUGUCCACCGUUUUUGUGAUCUCUUCCUCAUAAAAGCACUUUAAAACCUCA